CAUACACACACCCGCCGUGUGACAUGUAAUGUGGUCAAUGUUAUGUCUAACAUUUAGCAUCAUUUGUCACAAACACACAUCGCCUUUCAAAGCAGCUGACCCAAGUUUAUUGGCGUAGGUUUCAGUUUUACGCCAUCAAACUAGUUGGAAGUAUUAGUAUUAGCUUGAUCUAUACACUUUGAGAUGUACUCACUGUUUGAUACUAAGAGUGUUUGGCCUCAAGCAUCUGCUACUCCUGGACAGGUCUUGUACAGCGCUGUUCCAGGCACACCAUUAAUGAUGAACCAACAACCAUUGCAACAGCCGACACUCUACUAUCAGCUCCAGCCAGCCUGGGUCGCCACACCAGCGCCGUCCAACCAAAGGAGGAUCAGGAUGUCUUCGUCGGAUGACGUGUUCCUCUCUGACGUUGCUUACGUCUACGACAAACCCAUCCUUCACAGGGCAAAUGUACCAGCAUGCGACCGUGACCUCAGUUUAAAGUUAAGGUCACGUGCCAGUAAAGCUCCGGGCUACAAUGUUCCAGAUCCGUUCCAUAGUUUUGAAAGUCAUUCUGGAAGCAGUGAAACCUCACCUGUGUCGUCUCUCAACGCCAAUCAAACCAACAGAGGGCAUUACACUACUCCAACGAAGCUGGGCUACUUCUCAGAAAACUCUUCUAACGUGUCUUCUGAUUCUAACGAAUCCUCCCCAUCUCAGCAAAAAGACGAUUCACUUAUACACAACCUGUUUCCGGCAUCCUUGUGUGCCGCUCUCAACGAAGACCCUCCCGAGCCAAAGCCUUCCAAAGUUCCCCUGAAGACGUCCAGCCCGAUAUACGACGAUGAAGACUGUGACGUGGUGUUUGAGCUGGGCAAUCUGAGGAAACGCAGAGGGAGGUACAUCACCAGUUCCAGCUCCGAAAAGUGUCCCAGGUUUAGCGAGAACGGCAUUAGUGAAGAACUGGAUCAGUGCGACAAAAUUCUCCUGCAGAGCCGCAGCCACCACAGCCUGGCAGACGAGCAGUCCAAGAGGCGAGAAGAGUUCCUUUUGAUUCUGGAGGCCGAGCGAGAGCGCCAGAGAAAGCUCGUGCUUCCCAAACACACUCCCAAAAUGAAUUGCAAAUUCUGCAAGAACAAUGGGGAGAGCCCAGAGGUGUAUACAAAGCACAGGCUACAUUACAAUGAAAAGACGGUCUGUCCCCUGCUGAGACAUUACGUGUGCCGCCUUUGUAACAGUACCGGGGAUUUCGCUCACACCAUACGUCACUGCCCUUUCAAUGAUAAAAAAGACAAGAUAGCUUGGAGAGCAACUUUCCUCGUUUAGGGUGGAUGAUAUAACAUGCCAAGUGUAAAGUUCUCAAUCCUAAUGGCUAGCGUGUUAGUUUUUAACUGUUUAGAAUAAUAAUGUUAGACAGUUAAUGAUUUUACCAAUAGAUGUCGCUAUUGUUGCCUUUUAAACCGGUGCCAUUUUAAUUACACGCCAAUAUAUUUUUGACACUGACAAUAACGUCCUUACGUGCCUCUACCAGAAUUACUGACAUGCUCAACAUUUCGUCCCAUGACGGGUUUCUCGUUAAUAUGUAUAGUCCUUCCUAUAAGCCUGAUUCUUACACUUUCACCGAAAGCUAUUUUGAUUAAGUUCUAUACGUCGUUUAUUCCAACAGCCGUAAAAAUGUGUGGACAUCGACUUAAUAGUUAGAAUACUUUAAAUAUUUAACAAGUAUUGUUUCCCUCUGUAGUAAGUUAUUAUAUUCCUUGAUUAUCCUUAUGAAAAGCAAGCCAACAAAACUCUUUAAAAUACGAACGCCAAACACCUCGAAAAUAGUUGUACAUGUCCAAUAGUCAGAUGCUAAUAGAAUUGUUAAUUUUCACCAAGACUAAAGCAUAAUCAGCUUGACAAGGGGGGAUGUCGGCUGAAGGAGUUAAAUACUCGAGGACGCAGGUUAAGCUUUUAAGUUAUAGCUAAGUUGGCCGAGUGUUUCAGUCAGUUCGCUAAGGGGGUUAGCGUGCUGACUAAAUCAUACUCCAGCUGGCUGAUAUAUAGUUCCUGAGAAGUUUGAGAUAAAAACAUAAGCUUGAGACAGUAGUCCAACAAGUGAUUGGCAUCGCUAAUGUUAAGUCAGCUAAGCGAAAGGUCAUAGAAAAUCUUUGGUGAAUUUAAAGAUUUACGGUUGUAGACUUAUGACGGAAAUGGAAAUGUUGACAUUAAAUGCUAAAUUUGAUUUGAUUCAAUGUUAUUGAUAGUCAACAUUCUAAGCUAAAUAUUUUAGACUUGAAAGUAAGAUGACAUACUGACUGGAAAGUUGAUAAAACUGAUUGGAAAAUAGAUCAAACUGACCACGAGGUUGGAAAAUUAACGGAAAGGUUAAAAAUAACUGACCACGAAGUUGACAAAGCUGACCACGAGGUUGACAAAGCUGACC